GGAAGAGUCAAUUUUGCAUGAGCCCCUGCUCCGGCGGCGAGAGGCGUCGGCUGCGCUGGCGGGGGCAUGGCGAGCAGGAAGGUAGCUGAGUGGGAUUUCUGAGAAGGGGCUGCUCUGACUGCAUCUGGCCCACCAUGAGGUUCUUCUUGCUUUGUGCCUACGUGUUGCUCCUAAUGGUGUCCCCACUGAGGGCAGUCAGCUUUCCUGAAGAUGACGAACCUCUUAAUACUGUUGAUUAUCACUAUUCAAGGCAAUAUCCGGUUUUUAGAGGACGCCCUUCAGGCAAUGAAUCUCAGCACAGGCUGGACUUUCAGCUGAUGUUGAAAAUUCGAGACACACUUUAUAUUGCUGGCAGGGAUCAAGUUUAUACAGUAAACUUAAAUGAAAUCCCCCAAACAGAAGUAAUACCAAGCAAGAAGCUGACAUGGCGGUCAAGACAACAGGAUCGAGAAAACUGUGCUAUGAAAGGCAAACAUAAAGAUGAGUGUCACAACUUUAUCAAAGUAUUUGUUCCAAGAAAUGACGAGAUGGUUUUUGUUUGUGGUACCAAUGCAUUCAAUCCCAUGUGUCGAUACUAUAGGUUGAAUACCUUAGAGUAUGAUGGAGAAGAAAUUAGUGGCCUGGCAAGAUGCCCAUUUGAUGCCAGACAAACCAAUGUUGCCCUUUUUGCUGAUGGGAAGCUAUAUUCUGCCACAGUGGCUGACUUCUUGGCCAGUGAUGCUGUUAUUUAUCGGAGCAUGGGAGAUGGAUCUGCCCUCCGCACAAUAAAAUACGAUUCCAAGUGGAUAAAAGAGCCACACUUUCUUCAUGCUAUAGAAUAUGGAAACUAUGUCUAUUUCUUCUUUCGAGAAAUUGCUGUGGAACAUAAUAAUUUAGGCAAGGCUGUCUAUUCCCGUGUGGCCCGCAUAUGUAAAAAUGACAUGGGUGGCUCCCAGCGGGUCCUGGAGAAACACUGGACUUCCUUUCUGAAGGCUCGGCUUAACUGCUCUGUCCCUGGGGAUUCGUUUUUCUACUUUGAUGUUCUGCAGUCCAUUACGGACAUUAUACAAAUCAAUGGCAUCCCUACUGUGGUCGGGGUGUUCACCACACAGCUCAACAGCAUUCCUGGCUCUGCGGUCUGUGCCUUUAGCAUGGAUGACAUAGAGAAAGUAUUCAAAGGACGGUUUAAAGAACAGAAAACUCCAGAUUCUGUUUGGACGGCAGUCCCUGAAGACAAAGUACCAAAGCCAAGGCCUGGCUGUUGUGCAAAGCAUGGCCUUGCUGAAGCCUACAGAACCUCCAUCGACUUUCCAGAUGAGACGCUGGCAUUCAUCAAAUCCCACCCUCUGAUGGACUCAGCUGUUCCACCCAUUGCCGAUGAGCCCUGGUUCACGAAGACACGGGUCAGGUACCGAUUGACGGCCAUCGCCAUUGACCGCUCUGCUGGCCCCUACCAGAACUAUACAGUCAUCUUUGUUGGCUCUGAAGCUGGCGUGGUACUGAAAGUUUUGGCAAAGACCAGUCCCUUCUCUCUGAAUGACAGCGUAUUACUGGAAGAGAUUGAAGCUUACAACCAUGCAAAGUGUAAUGCUGAGAAUGAGGAAGACAAAAGGGUCAUCUCGUUGCAGUUGGAUAAAGAUCACCAUGCCUUGUACGUGGCAUUCUCCAGCUGUGUUAUCCGCAUGCCCCUCAGCCGCUGUGAGCGUUAUGGAUCAUGCAAAAAGUCUUGUAUUGCAUCUCGUGACCCCUACUGUGGCUGGCUGAGCCAGGGAACCUGUGGGAGAGUAACUCCAGGGAUGCUGCUGUUAACUGAAGACUUCUUUGCUUUCCAUAACCACAGCGCUGGAGGCUAUGAACAAGAUGCAGAGUACGGCAACACAGCCCAUCUAGGGGACUGCCAUGAAAUUUUGCCUACUUCAACUACACCAGAUUACAAAAUAUUUGGCGGUCCAACAUCUGACAUGGAGGUAUUUUCAUCUUCUGUUACCACAAUGGCAAGUAUCCCAGAAAUUACACCUAAAGUGAGUGAUACCUGGAGACCUAAACUGACGAGCUCCCGGAAAUUUGUAGUCCAAGAUGACCCAAACACUUCUGAUUUUACUGAUCCUUUAUCAGGUAUCCCAAAGGGUGUGCGCUGGGAAGUCCAGUCUGGAGAGUCCAACCAGAUGGUCCACAUGAAUGUCCUCAUCACUUGUGUCUUUGCCGCUUUUGUUUUGGGUGCGUUUAUUGCAGGAGUGGCAGUAUACUGCUACCGCGACAUGUUCGUUCGGAAAAACAGAAAGAUCCAUAAAGAUGCAGAAUCUGCCCAGUCAUGCACCGACUCCAGUGGAAGUUUUGCCAAACUGAAUGGUCUUUUUGACAGCCCAGUGAAGGAAUAUCAACAGAAUAUUGAUUCUCCUAAACUUUAUAGUAACCUGCUAACCAGCCGGAAAGAGCUGCCACCCAGUGGAGAUACCAAAUCCAUGGUGAUGGACCAUCGCGGCCAACCUCCCGAGUUGGCUGCUCUGCCCACGCCUGAGUCUACACCCGUGCUGCACCAGAAGACCUUGCAGGCCAUGAAGAGCCACUCAGACAAGGCCCACAGCCAUGGAGCUUCAAGGAAAGAAACGCCCCAGUUUUUUCCUUCUAGCCCUCCACCCCACUCGCCAUUAAGUCAUGGGCAUAUUCCCAGUGCCAUCGUUCUUCCGAAUGCGACCCAUGACUACAACACGUCUUUCUCAAACUCCAAUGCUCACAAAGCUGAAAAGAAGCUUCAGCACGUGGAUCACCCUCUUACAAAGUCAUCCAGUAAGCGAGAUCACCGGCGUUCUGUGGACUCCAGAAAUACUCUCAAUGAUCUCCUGAAGCAUCUAAAUGACCCAAAUAGUAACCCCAAAGCCAUCAUGGGAGACAUCCAAAUGGCCCACCAGACCCUAAUGCUGGAUCCUGUGGGACCCAUGUCUGAGGUCCCACCUAAGGUGCCUAACCGGGAGGCGUCACUCUACUCCCCUCCUUCAACCCUCCCCAGAAACAGCCCCACCAAGCGAGUGGAUGUCCCCACCACUCCUGGAGUCCCAAUGACUUCUCUGGAAAGACAAAGAGGUUAUCACAAAAACUCCUCCCAGAGGCACUCUAUAUCUGCAAUGCCUAAAAACUUAACCUCACCAAAUGGCGUCUUGUUAUCUAGACAGCCUAGUGUGAACCGUGGAGGGUAUAUGGCCACCCCCACGGGGGCGAAGGUGGACUACAUUCAGGGGACACCAGUGAGCGUUCAUCUGCAGCCCUCGCUCUCCAGACAGAGCAGCUACACCAGUACUGGCACCCUUCCCAGGACGGGACUAAAGAGGACACCGUCCUUAAAACCUGAUGUGCCACCAAAGCCUGCCUUUGUUCCUCAGACCACACCUGUCAGACCACUGAACAAAUACACUUACUAGGCCUCAAGUGUGCUCUUUCUGUGUGGCUUUAUCCUGUCCAUGUUGUUGAGAGCAUGAUGUCGUAAGGGUACCGCUGAGACAAGAGACUCUCUUGUAUUUUAGGAGAACCAAGUGGCCAAAGAAACUCUUCCUCACUUUGGCAGCAUCAGAACUUGCCACAUGUAGCUACUGCAGCAAGGCUUCUGUGUCCUUGCCUGAAAACCAAGGAAGGUGCUGGUCAUUCCAUUUCUUUUGUUUGAAGCUAAAGAGAUGUGUAGCUCCCUGGGGCUACCUUACUGGUAUAAAGAGCUGAUUCAGUACUCAGAAGAAUCUGUGAACAAAUACUUGAAAAUGGGUUCAAUUUAGACUGCCAUUAUGUGUGGUCUUCCCAUUAAAUGUGAACAUUUUAAUAUGUAUGCAUUCACCUUGCCUCUUGCACAAAUGUCAGAAAAAAAAAAAAAAAGAUGGUAAUGUCUCAAAGAAAUGAACUUGUAGAUUUCCAUGCAGAUUGCUAAAACUUCAGUCUUUGACCCAAACUGUAGCAUUGUUUUUUUCAUGUGUGGCAUUUUUUUUUUUCCAUGCCACGACAGUGUUGUGUGUGUGAAUGUGUGUGUGUACGUGUGUGUGUAUAUGCGCGUGUGUGUGCAUGUGUUCUGUAGCCACUAGAAUCUGUCUAGGUGCCCAUUACAUCUUUUUUUGUGCUAUGGAGUUGUUUACAUGGAGCAUGACUGAACAAGACACAGUCACUUCUUCCCUCAGCUGUCUGUUGUGUUCAGCUUCGAGAAAAGAGUAAAAUCAAGGCUCCUUUGACCAUCAAAAUGAUCAGCUCCACCUAUAUAGUACCCAAUGCCAGAAUGUAAGAGUUCUAAGUAAUUUUGUGCUGCUAUUCUUGAAAACUUCUAUUCCCGUCUUGCCAGCUUAAGGAGAUAGAGAUAUUAAGAACUAUUGUUGAAUAUCCACAAGUAUUCAGUAUAAAAUUUACCUGUCCACUGUGAAUCAAAGCCUGAGUCCCAUCAUAUAACCUUGGACACUAAUAGUGUUUAAUUUGAUUGUGUUUAUUUUUUCCCCAUGUAGCAAAAUUUCUCCUCUUCUAACUCCUCCUACCCAUCAGGUUAAAAAAAAAAAAAGACAAAAGAAAGACAUAUGAAAAGAAUUGUAAUUGGCUUAACAGAAAUAGCCUGUGAAAACCUAACAGUGGUGCAAUCAUAUUGUCUAUGUUGUGUUUUGUGAGAAUUUUGCCCUAAGAAAUGCAGGCAAUGACAAUAUACUGUAAAUACCACAUGUGAGUUUACCUGAAUCUGUGCAUUUUGUGCCUUAUUCAUGAGAAUGAUAGAAGUACUAAAAUAUGUCACGUGUUUUCAAUAUAGCACAUCAUUUACUGAGUGCCAGUUGUAAAUGUUUUUCAACCAGCACCUGAAAGACUUUUUAAAAAAAAAAUCCUAGAAACAAUCUAGAACAAUUAAUUAUUAAACAGUCCACUCGAAUAGCAGCAUUACAUCUUUUGCCAUGAUCAACAUUCCACUUCCGCUUUCCUAAGGAUGACACAGGGAUAAUGUGAAGUCAAGUGAGGUUUCCUGGGGAAUGACACCUGAGGAAACCAUAGAGACUCAUUUGCAGGGAGUUUGGCAGAGAACACUUACAGUUGAUGAUGUGCAACCCUGCUGACUAUUUCAAUUAAUAUGCUGCACACCACACAAUUGUUGAUUGAACCUAAUCUACAAAGCACCAAGGCAAAGGAAUGCUCAGACAAGUUCAGUUCAGCUGAUGUCUUGUGCUAACGCUGUUGGUAUAUAGUAGUUGGGGGAGGACGAGUGGCCGAAGACCAGAUCAUUUUUAUACAGAAUGUAGAAUACUGAUAACGGUUAUUCUUUUCCUUUGAGAACAUUGUUUUAUAAAGAACAUGAUUUUCCUGUGAUCUCUGGAAGCUCAAAAGCUAAAACUUUCAUUCUUGAAACACUUCAGCUUUGCAACUAAAAUAUUACAGAUUAAUAAUAAAUUAAACCAACCAAUGGUAAACUCUACUCAGUCCGCCAACAACAAACGUGUUUGAAUUUAUCUUACCAAUAUUAAUCCCAGCGUGUAUAAAACAGAACAGUAACUCUGUGUGACCCCGAUAACAUUUUGUAACAUUGUGCUGCCUUGUAGUUUGUAAUGUGAGUUCUAUCAGUAUUUAUGUUGAGUUUUCUAACAUUAAAUCUAGUCUCUAUCCUGUUAAUUUAAUUUUUAAAUGCUUUAUCCAUUUGUGCAAAGGUAAAACACAGAUUGUAUCUUUUUUAAUGGUACGGCAUAAAAAGUAACCCUAAAGUGAAGUGACUCUAUACUGUUUUAUAGAGUACUUUAACAUGUGUAGAUACCUUGUAAACUUGUAUUGUGGAUGUGUAAAUAAUAUGUACUUGGGGUUUUUAACACCGCAUGUAAAGUCAAAAUAAAAUAUACAA